GCUGCCUCAACCUUCCAACGACAACUUCAGGCGGCUACACAUCGCCUCUGCAUUUAAUUCCGGCAUGGUUCUUCAAGAUCUCGGCCGUCGCAUCAAUGCGGCGGUCACUAAUUUGACCCGAGACCAGAAUCUCGAUGAAAAGGCUUUCGAUUCUAUGCUGAAAGAAAUUUGUGCUGCUCUUCUGGAAGCCGAUGUCAACGUGCGCCUCGUCGGACAGCUGCGCAAAUCGAUCAAGUCAACUGUCAACUUCAAGGAGCUGCCUCCCGCCGUCAACAAGAAACGAUUAAUUCAGAAGGCUGUCUUUGAUGAGCUCGUUAAGCUUGUCGAUCCCCAUGCUGAGCCGUUCAAGCCGAAGAAAGGCAAGCCCAACGUUAUUAUGUUUGUUGGUCUGCAGGGUGCUGGUAAAACAACGACAUGUACAAAGCUUGCGAGACAUUAUCAGACAAGAGGCUUCAAGGCCUGCUUGGUUUGCGCGGAUACUUUCAGAGCCGGUGCUUUUGAUCAGCUGAAGCAAAACGCGACAAAGGCCAAGAUCCCCUACUACGGUUCUCUGACGGAGACGGAUCCCGCUGCAGUUGCCAGGGCCGGUGUCGAGCAGUUCAAGAAGGAAAAGUUUGAUAUUAUUAUCGUUGAUACAUCAGGAAGACAUCGCCAAGAGUCGGCACUCUUCCAAGAAAUGAUUGAUAUUCAAGAAGCCGUCAAGCCAGAUGAGACCAUUAUGGUUCUGGAUGCCUCGAUCGGUCAGCAGGCUGAGUCUCAGGCUAAGGCCUUCAAAGAGGCUGCUGACUUUGGAGCCAUCAUCAUCACAAAGACCGACGGCCACGCACACGGUGGUGGUGCCAUCUCUGCUGUCGCUGCCACUCACACACCCAUUGUGUUUAUCGGUACUGGUGAGCACAUGCUUGAUCUCGAACGAUUCGCGCCCCAGCAGUUUGUCCAAAAGUUGUUGGGCAUGGGAGAUAUGCAAGGUCUUGUGGAACAUGUUCAGAGCCUUAACCUCAACCAAAAGGAUACUAUGAAACACAUCCAAGAAGGUAUCUUUACGGUUCGUGAUCUGCGUGAUCAACUCUCCAAUAUUAUGAAGAUGGGUCCCCUCUCCAAGAUGGCAGGCAUGAUUCCUGGUAUGGGCAACCUUAUGCAAGGCAUGGAUGAUGAGGAGGGCGGUGCUAAGCUUAAGCGUAUGAUUUACAUUUGCGACUCCAUGACCGAGAAGGAACUCGACUCGGACGGCAAGAUUCUCAUCGACCAGCCUACACGCAUGACCCGUAUUGCUCGCGGAUCCGGAACAUCAGUCCGCGAGGUGGAGGACUUGCUCACACAGCAGCGCAUGAUGGCCGGCAUGGCCAAGAAGAUGGGAGGCAACAUGAAGAACAUGCAGCGGGCUCAGCAGGCCAUGGGCGGCGGUAACAAGGCUCAGCAGAUGGCCGCUAUGCAGAAGCGUCUACAGAGUAUGGGUGGCGGCGCCGGUGGUGCAGGUGGUAUGCCCGAUUUGUCGUCCAUGAUGAAGAUGCUCGGUGGUGGUGGCGGUUUGCCAGGCAUGGGCGGUGGUGGUGGUAUGCCCGACAUGGCAGCUAUGCAGAACAUGAUGAAGCAAAUGGGCAUGGGCGGUGGCAUGCCUGGAAUGCCCGGCAUGGGUGGCGGCCGUGGUGGCAGAAGAUAAGGGGCUCAUCGUUUUGUAAAGGGCGGUAUUGCUCGCCCAGUCUCUGUCUUUUUCUCUAUUUUGGGUUACUGCACUGGACGGGUUGAAGAUACAGGAUGGGAUGACCCUGCAUGGUUUUGGCGUUUUAAUCAGUACAUUUUACAGCUUCGGGGAAAAAUGAAAAUAAAUAUAUAUCACAACUUGAUCUUUAUUCUUUCGUCUCUAAACUGCAACUCUUUACAAUGAUCUUUCGUUUCGUAUUUUGGCUUUUGCCUUGCUUAAGCAGCUUGCUUCUUCCGGACUGCCAGGAUGAAAUUGGCUGGAGGCUCGGCACCAAGAGCAAGAACCAUAUCAGGAUCAGACUUCUUCAUAGCCUUCUGGUAACCAUCACGCUUGCCGAUGCGUUCAAGAUACUUGACAAUGUUGGGAUAGUCGGCCAGGCUGUACGUCGCAAAGUAGCGCAUGGUAGACAGCGAGAAGACGAGCAUGAUGUCGGCAAGGGUGAAUUCUUUGCCAGCAAGCCACUCGUUAGCAGCUACUCUCUCAUCCAGAGCCUUGAGAUUGCUCGCGAAUCGGUGGUUGGUGUGCUUGACCAUCAAGUCCUCCGAGUUCGCUCCGCCCAGCUGAUUGCCCAUGAUGCGGCCAACCAAGGGCUGGAAGCUGCCAUUGGCCCAGUGCCACCAGUAGAGGUAAUCAGCAUACACAGGAUCCUUGGGAUCCAGUGUGAACUUGCCGCCGCCAUAGCGAUGGGCAAUGUAUUCAAGACAAGCGCCGCUCUCACCGAUGGUGGCAUCACCAUCCUGGAUGAUGGGAGCCGUUCCCGUGUAGUGCAGCGCCUUGUAGUCUGCAGGGGCAAAGAGAGGUGCACGCUGGUAGUUUUUCAGCGUGUAUUCAAUCCCAAGCUCCUCGCAGAGCCAGGGGACUCGCUCGGACUGCGAGACUUGGAGGUGGUGGAUAGUGAGGGGCAUGACGUCAAAGUUGUUGGUCGUAGGGUUAACAGUCGGUAUGAUUAUGAAAUGCUCUGAGCUGAAGGGUGCUGGUGGGAAUUGAGUUAUUUUAACUACAACCAGGCUGUAUAUGCAAAGGAAGAGGAGAACCCUGUGGCUGUUGCCUAUUCUGUGUUUGUUCGCACUCCUCUUCGGCUCGCACUCCGAAGCCGAAGAGGUGGUCUCUAAACUGCGCUAAACCCGUCGAUGAUGCGGUGCGGGCCCCGCGAUGCAACCAACGAAUGACAAAUUCAUGGUUUGCAGCGCAAGGGCCACAAUGUCCGGAUGCCAAUCAAUGUAGGUUCAUGAGGUGUUUGAACGACUGUUUUGGUACUGUAGUCUGUAGAUAGUCGUGUAGUUGUGGCGUUUUGUCUCACAGCCACGCUGAAUGUAAAUUAAAACAGUAACUGCGUAUCGGAACAAUAUGGCAAAGAGCAAACAAAAUAAAAGGAUGAAUUGGCGCCUAAUUGCUAAUUGCUAAUUAAUUUAUCCCUUAAAUGAAAAAUGCGAAGACCUUCGGUAUCUCUAGAGCUUGUCUGCCCAGCCAAGCAUGACGCUAGGUUCGAGACGCUUGCUCCAGUCAGGGUCGGUAUAAACGUUUCUCACAGUACCCGACUUAUCAACAAGCAGGUUAGUAGGCACAGGAAUCUCUCUAGAGUCGUCACCAUUGCGCUGGACCUGGUCGACCCCCAUUGCUUUGGAGACUUCGGCCAGAGAAUCGAACUGACGCCAGACGAUUCCGAGCUCGCGUGCUACCUUGUUUCCAGCAUCGGAGAGAACCUCGAAUUUGAGAGCAUGCUUCUCAGCAGUGGUGAUGGAUGUGUUGGGGAGCUCUGGGGAGAUUGCCACGACUGUCACGCCACGGGCCUGGAAGUCCACAAGAUGCUUCUGAAGGAACGCAAGAGAAACGUUGCAGUAGGGGCACCAUUCGCCACGAUAAAAGGUAAUCAAGAUGCCCUUUUUUGAAGCAGCAAGGAGGUCUGAGUAGGAGAUUUCUUUGUUGACGGCAUUGCUGAGAGUGAAGUCGGGAAACUUUUCGCCCGUCUUGAUGACUUUGCAAGGGUCAAAUGCAACCUUGUGGUCAUCAAUUGCUUGGAAGAUGAUCUUCUUGAUAUUCUCGGGGACAUUAUUGCGAACGUGGUUUUCGAUUUGCUCGAGCUGCUCGGUUUGGGAGGCCAUUUUGGAAAUGUAUAAGUGUCCGAUGAAUGUUUGUGUUGGAGGAGGAGUGUUGAUAGGAGUAUAGAUGGAAAUGGAUAAUUGGGUUGAUGGGCAGAAAGAGUGUAUUAGCCAGACAGAACUGACAUGGACUUAUAUAAUAUUUCAUCGUAGUUUAUUGAUACAUUGCAUUUGUAAUUUCUCACGUAGGAAACGUCAUUGCAAAUUCGUCCGAGUUCGUCC